AUGGAUACACCAUCAUCACCUGAAGUGUCGACUACGACCCAUCUGGAGAAGCACUAUGCUCAUGGAUUCACCCUCGAGGUGGGCUCGUGCGCAAUCCAAGGUCGGCGCCCCUACAUGGAAGAUAGAAGAACGAUAAUCGAGGACCUGCGGGACAUGAUGUCUCAAGCGGGCAAGGAACAUAGCCCGAACGGAGCGGGAGAGCGAUGCUCCUUCUUCGCCGUCUUUGAUGGCCACGGAGGCCAGCUGGCGUCCACCUUCGCCUCGGGCUACCUCCACAAGAACCUUGUAAAAUCUGCCCAUUUCCCCCACGAUCCCAUCCGGGCCCUCGAGGAGGCCUGUGAGAUCACCGAUCGCGAGUUUGCGGAGAAGUACCAAAGCGCGACCUCGCAAGAUGGCACCACCGCGUGUAUGGUCCUCAUCAUGGGCCAGCGCCUCUACGUCGCCAAUGUGGGCGAUUCGCGUGCGGUCCUCUGCCGAAAGGGCAAGGCCGUGGCCCUCUCCGACGAUCACAAACCCGACAAGCCAAGUGAGAAGAAGAGAAUCGAGGAUUCUGGCGGUGUAGUUAAAAAGGGCUCUUUUUUCAACAUCCCCAUGGUAUACCAGGGCGAUGGUAUGCGGGGCGGCCUUGCCGUGUCGCGAGCGUUGGGAGACACCUUCUACAAAGACCCUAAGAGGCCAGCAAUGGAGUGGUUGGUGAGCGCAAUCCCAGAGAUCAAGGAGGAAUCUCUCCAACCUGGUGCGGACGAGUUCUUCAUCGUGGCGAGCGACGGCUUCUGGGACGUCUUCUCCAACGAAAACGCGGUUUUGCUUACGCGCGAGCUGUUGCAAAAGAAGGAGCUCAGCCUCGCUGACGUCGCCCAAACGCUUACGGCCAAGGCCUUCUCAAGAGAGUCUCUGGAUAACAUCACCGUCGUGAUUGUCCGAUUCAUUUCGGACGGCACGAUGGAGACCUCCAACGAAGGGGCGGAACGGGCAGACGACGAGGAGACGGACGAGAUGACGGUGCUCGUAGACGAGGGAGGUGUGGUGCCGAAGGAGGACGACGAAGAUCUGUCGCUGGACGUGGACAAUGAGGUGAUCAUCCGAGAGGUGAGCCCCUCGCCCGAAUCUAGCGCCGCCGCCGACUCAACAAGCACAGCGGCGGCUGAGGGAUCGUAA